CGGCCGCGGCCUGGGCCCGCUGCCGUCGGGCUCGGUUCGGUUCGGCUCGGCUCGGCGGUUGGUCCCGUCGCCAUGGAGACGCCGCCCGGAGCUCAGCGCCUUGCCUCGGUGGAGGGGCUGGAGGUGAAGGGGCCCGCCCGGGAGCCCCGCGUCCUCGUCCUCGCCCGCAGGACCGGACAGUACCAGUUGAUUAUCCAGUCACGUGAGAAGGAAAUGCCUGCUCAAGAUAUCAUUCCUAUCAACAGCCGUUUCAGAUGUGUGCAAGAAGCUGAAGAAACUCUGCUGAUUGACAUAGCCUCAAACACUGGCUGCAAGAUCCGGGUUCAAGGUGACUUCACGGGAGAGCGCCUCUUUGAAAUCCCUGAUGAAGAGCGCUGCUUGCGGUUUCUCGCUGAUGUCCUUGCUGCUCAGGAAGCUCUACUAAAACCUACAAUUCCCGAUUCCAAAGACUCCUCCAGCUGGUACCAGAAAUUACCGCCUGUGGACAAACCUCUGAAUGAGUCGACUGCUCCAGGGAUCCUUGGCUUUGAGGAUAAUUUUACGUCCCUGAGUUUGGAGAAGAAACGAAACUUACAGAACCAGCAGAUGGGGACGCGUCGGGAGCCCCCACCUCCUCCUGCAGGAAACAGAGCGCUUCCACGGGAAAGAGAAGCCACAAGCAAAGAGCAGCCUAAAGUGACCAACACCAUGCGGAAGCUCUUUGUUCCAAAUACCCAGUCUGGACAGCGAGAGGGCCUCAUCAAACACAUACUGGCAAAGAGAGAGAAGGAAUAUGUCAACAUUCAGAAUUUCAGGUUUUUUGUUGGAACAUGGAAUGUGAAUGGACAGUCACCCGACAGUGGACUGGAACCAUGGUUAAAUUGUGAUCCAGACCCUCCUGAUAUCUACUGCAUCGGGUUUCAGGAGUUGGACCUAAGCACGGAAGCCUUUUUCUACUUUGAGUCAAUGAAGGAGCAGGAGUGGCUGAUGGCCGUGGAGAAAGGCUUACACCCCAGAGCCAAGUAUAAGAAAGUCCAGCUGGUCCGCCUGGUUGGAAUGAUGCUGUUAGUGUUUGCCAGGAAGGACCAACUGAGUCACAUCCGGGAUAUUGCGGCUGAAACAGUUGGGACAGGAAUCAUGGGGAAAAUGGGCAACAAAGGGGGUGUCGCAGUAAGGUUCGUGUUCCACAACACUACAUUUUGCAUCGUCAAUUCCCACCUGGCUGCCCACGUGGAAGACUUUGAGCGACGGAAUCAGGAUUACAAGGACAUCUGUGCACGCAUGAGUUUCUUGGUUCCAGAUCAGAGCCUGCCCCAAAUGAACAUCAUGAAGCAUGACGUUGUGAUUUGGUUGGGAGACUUGAACUACAGGCUCUGCAUCCCUGAUGCCAACGAGGUAAAAAGUCUGAUCAGUAGGAACGACAUUCAGAAACUGUUAACGUUAGAUCAGUUGAAUAUUCAGCGAUCACACAAGAAAGCUUUUGCUGACUUCAUUGAAGGCGAUAUUAAAUUCAUCCCUACAUACAAAUUCGACUCUAAAACAGACCAAUGGGAUUCCAGUGGGAAAUGUCGAGUUCCAGCCUGGUGUGACAGAAUCCUUUGGCGUGGGACAAACGUUCAGCAGCAGUAUUACCGAAGCCACAUGGAACUGAAAACCAGUGACCAUAAACCUGUCAGCUCUCUGUUUCAUAUUGGGGUGAAGGUUGUGGAUGACCGGAGGUACCGGAAGGUGUUUGAGGACAUUGUUCGCAUCAUGGACCGAAUGGAGAAUGAUUUUCUUCCCUCAUUAGAGCUCAGUCGGCGGGAGUUUGUGUUUGAAAAGGUGAAGUUUCGACAGCUGCAAAAGGAAAAGUUCCAGAUCACAAACAAUGGCCAGGUCCCCUGCCAUUUCUCUUUCAUCCCUAAGCUCAACGACAGCCAGUACUGCAAGCCAUGGCUUCGUGCUGAACCUUGUGAAGGCUACCUAGAGCCAAAUGAGACCAUGGACAUUUCCCUGGAUGUGUAUGUCAGCAAAGACUCCGUGACAAUCCUGAACUCGGGGGAAGACAGCAUUGAAGAUAUCCUUGUCCUUCACUUGGAUAGAGGCAAAGAUUAUUUCUUGACCAUCAGUGGGAAUUACCUGCCCAGCUGUUUUGGCACCUCCCUGGAAGCCUUGUGUCGAAUGAGAAGGCCAAUCCGAGAUAUUCCUGUCACCAAACUCAUAGACUUGGAAGAAGACAGCUUCCUAGAGAAGGAGAUGUUCCCUUUAGAAAAUGAUGACGUCAGUGAGCGACCCCUUCAAAUUCCCAAGGAGAUCUGGUUCUUAGUGGAUCACUUAUUUAAGAAUGCCUGCCACCAGGAGGAUCUAUUCCAGACACCCGGAAUGCAGGAGGAGUUGCAGCAAAUCAUCGAUUGCCUAGAUACCAGCAUUCCUGAAACAAUCCCUGGCAGUAACCACUCAGUGGCCGAAGCACUUCUCAUUUUCCUGGAAGCCCUGCCAGAGCCAGUCAUCUGUUACGAGCUUUAUCAGCGGUGUCUGGAUUACGCCCACGACACCCGGCUCUGCCGACAGGUGAUUUCUCAACUUCCUCGUUGCCACAGAAAUGUUUUCCGAUACUUGAUGGCUUUUCUCCGAGAACUCUUAAAAUAUUCUGAAGACAACAAUGUCAGCACAAAUAUGAUUGCCACUCUCUUCACCAGCCUUCUGCUACGGCCCCCACCCAACCUGGUCACGAGACAGACUCAAAGUGACCGCCAACGGGCUAUCCAGUUUAUUAUGGGCUUCCUGCUUGGGGGCGAUGAAGAGUAAUGCUCUUCCUCUUGCGGCACUUCAAGAUUUCAAAGUGGAGGAUCGUAGAUUGCAAGUAUUCAGGACCGUUGAGGGGCUCUGUCAGAGAACGGGUCUGGACAAGAGCUCCUUGGCCGAAGCCUCUUGCUACUGAGAAUGUGCCAUGUUUACAGAGCAAAAGGGAGGGAGGCCUGGACUCCAAAAGCUCUCUUGUUCGGUGUUCAUACGCUUCCUCCUCAAAGGGCAAAGAGAGCCGUCCUCAAGCUGAGUUGUCUUAAAAACCUACUUGCUCUCGUCCCAUCCAAGUGCUGUAACUAGGUCUGGGGUCUGGGUUAAGGAUGUCCACUUCUUAGCUAGCGAACACUACUUGCUUUGGAUCAGACUUUACCCGUAGUCGUUCAUCUGAAGCACCUCCCCUCCUCCCCCUCACUGCUUCCUUUGCACUCUAAGCCCACCAGUAGUAUUACUCUAGGGUCACUGCUUGACCAUAGGGUUGGGUGACUUGGGUUACGUCUUGGGUGACUUGGUCGUUCCACUGCCAUCGUGUGGAUGUCGUGUGCAUAUUUGCACUUGUACUAUAUAACAGUGUUUGCGUAGCCUAGCCGACAUUGUCCCUGGGACCGUUCACAUGCAUUCGCUGUGUAGAACCCCCUUAUGGCAACCUUUACGUUAGGGACUACUCGGUAACAGACUUAUUUUGGUGACCCACUGGUUUCUUCGUGAGUCGCGAUCAGAAUCAGGGUGUCGGGGAGUAUUUUAAGAAUUGUAUGUUAGACAAAGAGUAUGACUCAUCCCUUUUUAUGUUUCAUGUGCCACGAAGGCUAGCCCUGGCUUUCAAGCAGAUCUAAACCCAUAGAUUUAAUCCUAGUUCUCCUCCCCCGCCUCCUCUUCCAAGAUCGGGCCUGGUACCACUGCAGAAGUGACUAAACCCAAGCCAGUGCCCUGCAUGACAGGCACCUGACCCUUAUUGAGCCGAUGGAGAUACCUCCUGAAUCCACCACAGCCACCUUGGUCCCCUUCAGGGUAGAGGCACUGUGCCGACCUUCUAACUUGUGGGGCAGCAGCUAUGAGCUCCACUCAACUGCCAGCUCUGGCAGGGGUUGGAACUCCUCACCACCCUUCACAGCAGACAAGUCCAGAGUUGCCUCCUGGAGUUGUGCAGAAUUGUGCAGGGAUGCUAACUGGUCCACUGAGGUGACAUCCUGUUGUCAUCUCCCCAUAUACUCCUAGAGCAGAGCCUUAUUGUCUUUAAGGGCAACAUGAGAAUUUCACAGACUUGCCAAAAAGGACAGUGAGAUCAGGAUAACACUUUCUCCUUCAAAUUUGAAAGCUCUCUGAAGUCUUAGUGUUGAUUUUUAAUGCUGGGUCUCUGCCUCAGCAGGCCACGCACACAUGCGCUUGUGUGUGUGUGUGUGUGUGUAUCUCACUCUAUAUUUUGGUCACCAGCCAUAUGAAGCUGUCUGCAAUUUUGGGCUUCCUUUGAUUUUGAAUCACAAUCAUUUCCUGAAGUAGCUCAUUCUUUUCGUUGGAGUAUGACAUUGGUGACUGUUAUAUGAAAACACAGUGAUGGGUGUGUAUUCCACAAGCUUUGAAAUCUCCGGUGUGUGUCUGCCUCUCUUGUGUUGUGGAGAAUGGAGACAGAUCGAAGUGCCAUUUGUCCAGCAGUAUGCUGGGAAAGUAUAUUUUUUUCAUUGAAUUAUGGAAGACUGAAAUCACGGUGGCUGUGUUUGCCAUGUCAAAGGGGAAACACAGGAGAGGGCGGUGGUUCUUGGAAUUGGGAGGCAGAGGCAUUUCCAGGCAUGUUUCUUGCUUUAUUGGCAAUCCAGCUUUUAUGUUUCAUAAUUAAGGAUACAGUUAAUUGACACUGUGUGCAGCAAGCCCUAAGCUAUCUUUUUCUACAACUCCCAUAAAAUAGAAACAGUAAGUAGGGUGUCUUUUUUUUUUUUUUUUUUUUUUUACCUAAGCCUGCCCUCUGGUCCUGGUCGUGGGAUGCAGCCGGAGUUGAGACAAUCGGUUGGGAUUUAAAAAGUCCAUAAGCGAUAUUAAGAAACUCCUAUCCUUCCCCUCCUUCCAAAUACAAAUGUCAAGUAUUUCCUUGAAGCUCUGAUGGAGAAGGAUCUCAAACCUGGGAAUGGGGACAAGUUUUGGCAGUUCCGAGUUAAGGAAAGGUCCAAGCCCUUGCCAAGUUCCCGUCAGCUUUCAGGUUGGUUUCCCUUAUGCUGUUUUCUGGCCGUAAUAGUUGUUCAUGCUUUCCAGGGAGUCUUGGACACUUAGGUGAACUGCUAGGGGAUCCUGUAUCUUGUGACUUGUGUUUUAUUAUAAUUUAUUGGAAGAAUGUUUUCUAAAUAAAUGCAUAUGAUGUGAUUUAAUUAAUUGAUCAGAUAGGAGUGGGUGGAAGGGAAGGGCUCCCCCGUGGUCUCCCAGUACUGUAUUCAAGCGUUCUCUUCCCAACUGAUAACAUUUACCAUUGAUUGUCCGCUACUGUCUGCUUCCAAUGGCCACCUGACCUUCUUUGCUCCUGAGGAGGGAAUUGUAGCUGUCUGAGGAGCUUUGCCAGCUCUGCUUGUCCCAGACCUGCAUGUCCAAUGCCAGAAAUACCCUGCUGCAAAAGGAGGGAAAAUGAUUUCGUACAUUAAUAUGCUCAAGAUAUGGUGGUCUCCAUUCUAAUUGGAAUAGACCGGCUGCUUCUCUUUACCCUUACCCCCCAUCUAAUUCUUCAGUUUCCUAGGCUGGGCCUCUCCAUGAUGAGUACACUUACUCAUUGUGGUCAAAACCCCAGCCCUGAGGGAAAGAGAACUCUUAUUCCUUCAGUUAGCAAGAAUUGCUUCACCCAACACAGAAAUAAGUCAUCUUUUAAGGGAGAAAACUCUGAAAGGAGUUCUGAAAAUGUAGACAAGCCUGAAAUGUAACUAUUCACAGCAACUAGUUGUGAAUUUCCCUCCCAGCUAAGCUUACCAUAACAUCCCUACCUUUCAGGCCCGAAACAUAGCCCACUGUUUCCCCACGUAUCCCCACAGCAUCCAAAGAAGUAUUUUGGGGCUGUAGAAGCAGCAUGGUCUAGUAAGAAGUGCAUGGACAUGGGAGCCAUAGGAUCUGAGAUCUAAUCCCAUCUCUGCCACUUGCUGGCUAUGUGACCUUCUCUGGGCCUCAGUUCACUCAUCUUUAAAAUGGGAAUUCAGUGCCGGUUCUCCCUCCUACUUGCAAUGUGAGCCCCAUUGUGGGACCUGAUGAUUUUUAAUCACCCAGCAUAAGUAAGUGCUUAGCAAGGUGUGGAAGUUUUAAUUUACAAAUCCAAUCUCUAUUUCUCUGUCUGCCAUAUGCUAAUGGCUGACUCCCAAUUCUCUACAAUCCCAUUUUCUAUUAAAUCCUACAUCCUUUUUCCUCAAACCUUUAGUUCCUCCUAUUUCUCCCCUUUCCUCCCCCGUACCUCUAUCCAAAAUGUUCCCUGCCACCGCCCAACACUAUUAGAUUGCUUAUCAAGUCAGAAACUAUGUAAAUCUUCACUGAAUCUAUGCCCUUUACCCCUCCUGUUCAGGCAGUCAUCAAGUCCAGCAGCACUUGAAUCUGUCCCUUCCCCUUUCCCAUCACAUCACUAAGAUGCCAACCCCAUUCCUUCUAUGCCUAACCUGUGGUAAUAUCCUUUCAGGAACAAGGCUUUGCUCCCAUCCCUUUCUCCUACAAAUCAUAACCCAAAUCACAAGUUACUGCAUUGAACCUAUCAAAGCCCAAAGUAGGGCUUUUGGUCUUGGUUCUUUGAGUUAAAUGCAAAGCCUGAUGAUGAGAUUUCUAGUUCCUGAAACCUAUUAGCUAGCAAGCUCCAUCCUUCCUUGUUGCACUCAACUCUAACUUCAACCACAUUGUGGGAAGGGAAUGUGACCGUUUAUUGUUGUAAUGUACUCUCCCAGGUGCUUAGUAAAGUGCUCUGCACACAGUAAGUGCUCACUAAAUAUGAUUGAACGACCCACCCACAUCCAUACCUCCGUGUUUCCAGCAACCAUAUAAAACUGCCUCUCUUGCUUCAUCCACCAAACCCCUUCCCUGCUAUCCUAUUAGUACAUUAGACUCCUUCCCUCCUAUCCUCUUUAAACAUUAGACUCUCCUCCAGAAGCAUUCUCUAACACUAAGCAAACCCAACCCAAAAUAAAUCACAUCAAGCUUGUUCUUUCCCUAUGGUGCAUUCGUGUUUAUUUGUAUUUAUUUUAAUGUUUGUAUGUAUAGUAGAAUGUUGUUGGGUUUUUUUAACUGUUGAAGCUCAUUCAGAUAAUCAAAGAUAUUGUAUAAAUAAUUUUAAAUGCAAAAAUAAAUGUCAUAUGGUCAAUUUUUAAAAAA